GCUUGCUGCAUUCGCGCUGUGUUCUGGCCAUAGGGAUGAGGAGUCGUCGCUGUCGGUGAUUACUGUAUUACUUAAAUCUUUGUGUUAGUCAGCCGGUCUGCAUUGCAUCGGGAGGAGAGGGCUUGGUCGGGAUCCUUCGGAUUCGUACAAGAUUCAUAUGUCCGUCAAGCUUAAGAGGACUCAAGUUUUAACUCGGGAACGCGAUUUACCCCUCUAGACGCUUCGAAUUCCCCCUCCCCCUUCUAACAAGCAAACUAGAGGCUUGAAUCGAAGUCCGUGUUGCAGACAUGGUCCCCCUCACGACGCGUCUUACGAGUCUUCUGGGUGUUCGGACGCCAGUCAUUUCAGCGCCCAUGGCUGGUGCAAGUGGUGGGGAGUUAGCGGCUGCAGUUGCUCAAGGAGGCGGCUUCGGCUUCAUCCAAGCCGGGUAUCAAAGUAAACAAAAGCUCAAAGAAGAACUCGAGAAAGCCAAGGCUAUCUUGGGAGUUUCCUCCUUGCAGCGGGCGCCCAUAGGAGUGGGCUUUAUCUCGUGGAUACUCGAGGCAGAAGGAGCUUCCUCCAACGAUUUGCUCGAUACUGCUUUGGAGAGCCGUGUGAACGCUAUUUGGCUUGCUUUCGGGAAUGAUAUCGGACGAUGGGUCGCGUACGUGCGAGAGUACGAUCGAAGGCAAGCCGACGGGCACAAGACCCUCGUCUUCGUACAGUUGUCUUCAGAAGAAGAAGCCGCUGGCGCCGUGAACAACUGGAAAGUGGAUGUUCUGGUUGCUCAAGGUAUCGAAGCUGGUGGCCAUGGUCGGGCAUCCGCACCCCCUCUUCUCACACUAAUUUCGUCGCUUCUGAAUACCAUACCGGAAGAAGGUCCUCCUAUCGUCGCUGCUGGUGGGCUCGCGAACGGCGCGCAUGUCGCCGCGUGUCUCACCCUGGGCGCGUCAGGGGUAGCAAUGGGAACACGAUUUCUACUGACACCAGAGAGUCUAUACACGGAUGCGCAGAAGAAGGCCCUUAUCAGUGCAGGAAGUAAUUCUACUGUGAGGACCUUAGCGUUCGAUCGUGCGAGGGGAACGCUAGGUUGGCCGACGGGCAUUGACGGGAGGGCGCUGAUGAAUCAGACAGUCAAAGAUCUCGAGGCGGGCGUGCCAAUCGAGGAAGUGCAGAAGUUAUUUCAGCGAAGUAUACAAGACGGCGACCCCGAUCGUAUGCUCGUUUGGGCAGGGACAGGUGUUGCUCUCAUGAACCAAAUCAAAGGGGCAGCUAAUGUGGUGACCGAACUACAUCAAGAAACGGUACAGCAUCUAGAAAGGGCGGUAUUUAUACGGUCUGCGGCAUAGCACCUCUGACGUUCAAUGUGCCACUUCGUGCGUGUGUAGAUGCUGACAGGUUUCAGACUGUCUACACCCACGUCUUGCGGCCUAAGGUGGUAGGGUGCCCAUCCCCCAGCAAAGGCAUCUUUGUUUUGCCACAUAAAUACGUGCAAAUAAGCAUAUCUUCCACAGACCUGUACUCCUCUGACAUCGAGAGCCC